AUGCCACCCAAAAUAGCAAGCAUUGUAAAGGAAAAAAGAGCAAAUGAAACAGCUGAAGAACGUCAGUUACGCCUUGAGAAAAAUCGUAACAGAAUAUCUAAAAGAAGAAAUAUAGAAACUAAAGAAGAGCGUGAAUCACGGCUUCAAGAAAAGCGUGACAAAGAAUCUUCAUCGCAAGCUACCGAGACAACUCAAAAACAUGAUGAGCUCAACAGGCUGUCAAUGACUGCUGUUGAAGCAGCUCAAAAUCAAGGCCCGACAUCAUAA